AUGGAGGACUCAGGCAAUAGAUUACAGGCAAGGCCAUAUUACAAUCCUGAAGAUUUCAACGCUGGUUAUUCGGCGAUCUUUAGGCCCGACAAGGGAGUGGUAGACGUGAAUGGGCAGACGAUGGCGUCGAAAUUGGCCGUAGUCCAAUCAUCUGGCAGCAGAAUAGGCAAAAAUGCAUUCAGCAAAAAAGCAUCUGGAAGUCUUCUGUCAGGCCUAUCGUUCGGUGAUAGUAAAAAACUGUUCACAAGGGACACAAAUGGAACUAAUAUAGAGUCUCACAAAAACAUCAGUGAUAUGGAGUGGAGUGACUUUUUGAAUGUAAGGACAUGGAAAAAAAUUUUGGGCCAGCUUUGCGAUCAAUUUUUGAGAAAGUACUUCAAACAUUUGAUACAACAACCUUUUGAAGUGGCCAGAGUAUUACUGCAGGUUGGUGAUUUUAACGAAAUUGUUGAGCGUGAUAAUUGUUCGGCACGAUUACCAGUUGAGUUGAAAAAUGAGCUAGCUGACGAUCCUGCGUAUCCUGAAAAGGAUGAUUUCAAUGAAGAGAUUGAUUUCUUCCCCACAACGAAUGAUUCAUCGAGGUGGAGAUCAGCAGUACUAAAUGAGGAAGAAUCAAAGAGGGAACAUGAGGACUUCGUUAAUGCCAAUGAGAUAAUAAUUACUCCAGAAUCUAACCACACCAUGGAUAUCAUGAACGCGUUAAUGGAUAAUGAAGGUAUACGUGGUUUAUGGAAGGCAAAUAAUACGACAUUUAUCUACAAUUUUCUCUCGAUAACUUUGGAUGCGUGGUUCACAGGGAUAAUAUCGCCAUUUUUAGGCAUACCGGACCCAUACUUUAUGGAUUUAAUACACUCACCAAAUUUAAAAGCUUCGAUUAUUUUGACUUUAUCGGCAAAUAUUUUGACAAAGAUAGUUCUUUUACCAUUAGACAUUAUACGGACAAGAUUUAUAGUAACCUCAAUUCACAGAGGCGCGAAACCCAUAAGGAGCUUAAAAAAACUUAUUAGGAACUGGUCCUGGUCAAAGGAUGGGGUAAAGAUAUCAAUAGAUAUGUGGAUUUUAACAAUCCUACAAUCUGUCUUUAAUGUAACGUUCAAUAAACUAUUUGAUGUAUUAAUUUACCAUGAAUUCAACGUGGAAAAACACUCCCAGAUAAAAUGGUAUAGUUCACUGAAAUUCGUUUCACAAUUUAUGGAAUUAUUCGCAAAAUUACCGAUUGAGAAUUUAUUACGUCGAUGUCAGGUUAAUUAUCUAAUUAAUUCGAAUCAAAAUUCCUUAAGUAUUGAUAGGAAUGAUCUAGUUAUAAAACCCAUUAGAUAUGAGGGAGUAUGGAACUCUAUCAAGAGCAAAAAAAUGACAAUGGAGCUUUGGAACGGCUGGAGAGUUAGCUUGAUGAGUUUAGUCUGUUAUUAUGGAUUUGAGAUGAUGAAUAACGAUCCAAUCGAUUUAGAGCAAGAAAAAUUUUAA